UAUAAAUUACUGUUGGUUUGUUUAUGAAAAACGACUAGCGCCGAAAAUGUCCGAAGAAACAAUUUCAAACCCAAUAAUUAAAACUGAACCAAAGGAAUAUUCUCCAGUUAAACAAGAACUUGAUGAUUAUGACAUUACUCCAGAAACAUAUUUAGAAAACGAGGUAAUAUAUCUACAGCAAUUUUCAGAAUUUGAGAUAAAAAUAAGCGAAAAAAUAAAACAAGAAACAGUUGAUGAUCAAGAUGAAAGAAGUUUCGGCGUGGAAUCUUACAUGGAAAACGAGGAGAUAUAUCAACAGCGAUUUUUAGAUUCUGAAGUCACUAUAGACGAAAAAAUCAAAAAAGAAAUUGAUGAUCAAGAUGAAGCUCGUUUCCAUGAGAAUUCUUACACGGAAAAUGAAGAAAUAUGUCUACAGCAAUUUUUAAAAUCUGAAGUAACAAUUGACGAAGAGGUUAAGCAUGAAUCGAUUGAUGAGCACCUUGCAGACACCAGUAAAAACAAAAAUAUUGAUCAUUUUGGUGAGUUAAGUGAUUUAGUGGAUAAUACAAGUGAAUGUAAUAAAUCAUUUAAAAAAGUUUUAGAAAAACGUAAAGCUACCCUAAACUUGAAACAACCCUUGACAUGUGAAAUUUGCAAUAAAAAUUUCUCAAGAAUUAGCACCUUACAUCGACAUAAAAUGAUUCAUACAGGAGAACGUCCUUACAAAUGUGAAACCUGUAAUAAAGCAUUUAUAACAAAUAGUUGUUUAGGUCAGCAUAAAAAAUUUCAUGCAAGAGAACGUCACUACAAAUGUGAAAUAUGUAAUAAAGCAUUUAUAACUAAUGGUAAUUUAAGUCAACAUAAAAAGAUUCACACAGAAGAACGUCAUUACAAAUGUGAAAUAUGCACUAAAGCAUUUAUAACAAAUAGUAAUUUAAGCCAACAUAAAAAGAUUCAUACGGAAGAACGUCCUUACAAAUGUGAAAUAUGUAAUAAAGCAUUCAUAGCAAAACAACCAUUAAACCAACAUUUAAUUAAUCAUACUGGAGAAAAACCACAUAAAUGCAAGAUAUGCAAUAAAGCAUUCAGAUUAAAACACAAUUUAAAGCGACAUGAAUUUGUCCAUACUAAAGAAAGUAAUCAUGAAUGUGCAGUAUGUAAAAAAACAUUCGCAACUAAACAUAGUGUAAGUCAGCAUGAAAUGAUCCACACUGGAGAACAUCCUCAAAAGUGUGCAUUAUGCAAUAAAUCAUUCACAAGAAAAGAAACAUUAAAACAACAUUUAAUGAUUCAUACUGGAGAACGACUACAUAAAUGCUUAAUAUGCAGUAAAGCAUUUACAAGACAAAGCCAAUUAAAACAACAUUAUUUUGUCCAUACUAAAGAAAGUAAUCAUGAAUGUGCAGUAUGUAAAAAAACUUUCGCAACUAAACAAAGUUUAAAUCAGCAUAAAAUCCGACAUCUAAUGAUUCAUACUGGAGAACGACUGCAUAAAUGCAAGAUAUGCAAUUAUGCAUUCAGAUUAAAAGAACAUUUGAAACAACAUGAAUUUGUACACACAAGAGAAAGCAAUCAUUAA